UUGUUAAUAUUUGUUGGUUCUAGUACGGUCCCGUAUCAUCCACCACACAACGCGAGUCAACAUCCUCAGCAACCUCCUACAAACGCUGGACAGUUUCAUCCACAGCAACGAUACGAACCUACUGGUCCUGGUAGUUACAGGAUCAUGAGACGUGAAUCUACCGAUGCUACGGAUGCGAGUCCGCCUUUGGAUCCAGUGCAUGCGAAGGCACCUCUGCAGAGUCAGAGUGCUAAAGAGACCGAAAGAGUGCAGGAGGUAUCAAAUGAGAAUACUCCCGCUGUUGCAUCAGUAGAGGCUCCAGUUCCACCAGGAAGACGCGAUUCGGGCUCAGAUCGUCGUCGCGGUAAUGAUGCGAAUAUGAGUGGCUCGGAAACGAUGCCAAGGCCGGCAGCCAAGCAACGCGUGGUGUACAACAGCAAUAACAGUAAAUUCGUUCCGCUUCAGAAAAGUGCAACUAUUGGAGAAAUUCGAGACGCAGCUGGUCCUCAGAGGUAUUUUCUUUACAGUUAA